AUGAAAAUCGAACUUAAUUCAAUUGGCUUGGCCAAAUCUGUUCCUAAUUACAGUAAAGAUGCUAUGAUUGAUUGGAUAAAAAGUGACAAAAUGAUUUCCUUUUUCUUCAUUUCUGCAAUUUAUGCAAAAGAUGAUGACAAUCUUGGACCAGCAAGAGAUCUCUUAGUCGGUAAAUGGAACGCAGAGAUCUCUAGAACUGAUUCAAAAGGUAAUACUGAUGAUAAGGAAAACGAACUUGUCGAAGUUCGAUUCAACCUUGUUAGCAAAAGAACAGGCCUUAUGAAAAUGGGCGUUUAUCCAGAUUCUUCAUCAAAGGAACCAUACUAUGAGGCUGAAAUUACAUGGGAUUCAAAUGGUAACUCAGCUACAAUUGAAUCAUCUGCAUUCAGCACAAGCAUUGAAUUCUACCUCCUUACAAAGUACGAAGCUCGUGGUACAGCUGAUAACUUCCGUUAUUUGUUCGAAAUUGUUAAAUCAACAGAAGCUCAGGCUACUUUCACCGAUACUGAAACAAACGAAAAGACAACUGUCAAGCUUUACCGCGAUGAAUCAUUCUUCGCAUCUCAAGAUUGGCUUCCAACCAUCAUUGGCUUUGGUUUCUUCGGACUUUUGAUUGCAGUUGCAAUCAUCUUCCGUUCUCCAGAAGCUUCAAAGAGAGAAGAAGAGAGAAUGAAGAGAAUGCAACAAAAGAAAGAACAAGAUGCAAGAAAGCAGAAGAAUCUUGAUGAUAUGGCAAGAAGGUACAAUGUUGAUGACAAGCUGUAA